GUAGUUGAUUCAGUAGUGGCGGAACCAACCAACUCGAAAUGGAAGACCGUAAACAGCACGUUGGCCCUCUCGGUGGGAAAUUUGAAUAUAAAAAAAACCAAGACGGAACAAUCGACCGACAAACAGUAAUAUGCACACUCUGCUGGAAGGAAUUUUCCUUUCACAGAAGCACGACUAGCUUAAAGUACCACUUAAACGCGAAACAUUCGUUCGUUGGGGAUUCUGCUAGCACCUCGGCUAACGCGUCGCCUAGCUUGCGACAAAAAACCCUCACAGAAUGUCGGAGCCUUGGAAAAAGAAGUCCCUCAACGAGUGCGGGGCCAGAGCUGAAGACAAGGAAGAUUGAAGAUAUGGUUUUAAUGAGACUUGAAAACUUAGACAAAGAGAAUGCCACCCAUAAGGACAUGGAAAGUACAAGAUUUGGAUAUUUUGUUGCUGACAUGAUGGAAAAAAUCCCAGAUCAUAAAAAGGAUGCAGUCAAAUUGAAAAUUUACCAAUUGCUUUAUGAGGCUGUUCAGCCAGAAAAGAUCCCUUCCAAGCCACUCGAGAACGGCAGGGACAACUCUGUGGAGGAUCCGGCCUCUGCAGCAGGGCCCUCCACAUCCUCCCAGUCCAUAGAUAACAUGCUGCCCCCGUCAGAGGAGGAACUGUUGGGAUUCCUGCCAGAAUACACAGGCUCCUCAGAUGACGUGGCGAUAAAGCAAGAGCCUGACACUUGGAGCUCUGACAGCGAGCACACACAGGACUCCAGCUCCCAUCAUAUUUCAACCCAGACGAAAAAUGCCAACAAGCAUAUGUCCAUGAAGAAAAAGAAACUCCAAGUUAUGCAGGCCAUGCUGCAACAACAAAAAAGGUCGAGCCAGGCCAUAGAGGAGACGGGCAGGGACGUCCGUCAAGCCAUGCAGCAACAGAACCUCCUCCAGGAGCGCAUGGUGAACCUGCUGGAGAAGAUGAUUCAAAAUCCGUCCAACACAUCCGCGUCAUCGGCUCAGAGUGGGGUAAAUGAGGGUAAUCACGAAGGAUAGAAGUAGUUGUUAUUUUGGAGAGGUCAUGAUAUUGCAGCCUUGUUGAGGGAAGGGAUAUAUUUUAUUAUGGAUAUGAGUUAAGCAUUAAACAUUUUUAACAUUCAUCGUGCUAUAGGUAUUGGCGUUAUCAGUGCAGAGAUGGGAUGGACAAGCUUUUGCCGUUACUUAAGGUGUCUGAUGAUCAUUAUUAUUAGAUGACCAUGCUGAUGACUGUAAUGACAUGUUGGUAGAGCAAAUCAGGCUCCAAUGUGAUUUAAAGAUAGCUGUAUCAGAUUUUUCUUUGAUCAUUUGCCAAGUACCCUAAUAAAAUUACUUGUGAACAAAAA